UUUGUUUUUUUGUAUUUUACCCCAUUUUACCCUUUGCUUCCAAAGCUGAGUCAAGUUGAGCUUAAAUACUGUCUUGUAUAUGCUUGUAUGCUGUCUGCUUCAGUCUGCUUCAUUAUUCAUUUAGCUCAUUGUCUCAAUUAUUGAGAGUUACCUGGAGUUAUCUAAGUCUCCAAGUCAAUAUAUCAGUCAACAUGUUGGCCCUAUUACGUCAGCCAUUAAUAAAAUCUGUUAAAAUUGCACAGUUUGCUGUUAAAAAAUUUGCACAACCGAAUCCAAGAGUACUCCAAAGAUCAUGCUCAUCAAUUUUUUCAGUUGGUGUUAAAAAAUUUGCACAACCGAUCCCAAGAGUACUCCAAAGAUCAUAUGGAAGUGAUGCAGAGCCUGAAAUUAAGCCUCUCCAAACAUUCAUAAUAUUUGAUCCAGUAGAACCAAAAGACCUCUUCAUAUUUAUGAUCAAUUUGUUGGAGAUCAUAUAUAAAAUAGUCAUACUGUACUUUUUGUACCAAUUUAUGAAGUUGAUUCGCAAUGAACAAAAUUCAACUGAAAAAGAUGAUACCAGUUCAUAAUUUUUUGUAAUCAGAUUAUUGUGUAAUUGGAUUUAAUUUUUUUUAACUUUUUGG